GAAAAUAUGAGAAACGAAAUCCAAAACGAAGCAGCUCAGACUGAGUCACAGGGAAGUAUGUUUUCUUUUUUCAAUUUGUUCCCUUUUCUCCUCCCAAUAUUUGAGGUUAUCAAGAUGGUUGUUGCUUCCGUUGCCUCCGUAGUCUAUUUAGGCUUCGCCGGUGUAACACUCACUGGUUCAGCCGCGGCAUUAGCCGUGUCUACACCCCUUUUCAUCAUAUUCAGUCCGAUUCUCUUACCCGCUAUUGCAGCCACUACUGCCCUAGUCGCUGGGCUCGGCGGUAAUAAAUUUAACGCGGAGCCGGCAGCAUCUCCGGCUGCUUCUCCGGCUGGUUCACCAUCAUUAUCUCUGUUGGGCAUACCAGAGAAAAUUAAACCAAGUAAUAUUAAGAACAAAAUUAAGGAGAAGGUAGGCAAAGUUAAACCAAGUGAAAUUAAGAACAAAAUUAAGGAGAAGGUAGGCAAAGUUAAGGAUAAGAUCAAAGCCAAAAAGGAAGAUAAAAAGGAAGAUAAAAAGGAAGAAAAAUCUAAGGAUAAAGAUAAGUCAAAGGAUGAAGAUAAACCCAAAAAAGAAGGUAAAGACGAAAAGGGUGAGAGUAAACCCAAAAAAGAAGGUAAAGACGGAAAGGGUGAGAGUAAACCCAAAAAAGAAGGUAAACAUGGAAUGGGUGAGAGUAAACCCGAAAGUGGAGGUUCGUCAAUGGAUGAAGGUAAACACGGAGGUGGAGGUAAACAUGGAGGUGGAGGUGAACACGGAGGUGGAGGUGAAGACGGAGGUGGAGGUAAACACGGAGGUGGAGGUGAACACGGAGGUGGAGGUAAACACGAAGGUGGAGGUGAACACGGAGGUGGAGGUAAACACGGAGGUGGAGGUGAACACGGAGGUGGAGGUAAACACGGAGGUGGAGGUAAACACGGAGGUGAAGGCUCUUCUAUGGGAGGAGGUAAAAAUGCUAAAUCCAAGGAGAAAAAGGAAUUCCAUUUUAAAGGUUCAUCUAUGGAUGCAAGUAGUACAAGUGAAAGUUCAGGUGGAAGCUCAUCUGGGGGUAGUUCACCUGAGAGUAGUUCACCUGGAAGUAGUUCAUCUGGAAGUAGUUCACCUGGGGGUAGUUCAUCUGGAGGUAGUUCACCUGGGGGUGGUUCACCUGGGGGUGGUGCUAAACACUUAUGGUAAAAGUAAAUUCAUGGAAGAAUAAAAGACAUUGGUUGACCUACUCCAAUGUUUAACAAAUGAUGUGUAUUAAUAUAAAUUAUGAAUUGUAUGUACACUAUAUGAAGAAAAAAACUUUAUGUUUAUUU